UUGCUCCAAUAUACAAUUACACCAAACAUUCAAACUCAACAAGCCAAUACACCAAAAACUCAAACUGAACAGGAUAAUAAAUCCAAAACUUAUGCCUCUGUGGCAGCCACAUAUAAAACCAAUUUGGCUAAGAGCCAAGAUAAACAAGAGGAACUUAGAAUGAAUUAUUUUAAGGUCCCCUCACAAGCCUUUGAGGACUUGAAAAAACACAACGAUGCUGUGUUUCCAGAAGGGAUCAUGACAUCUGAUGUUUCAACCAUAAUUAACAAAUAUGGAAGAAAAAAAAAAAGGUUUUUAGAACCAUCAAGGAUACUUUAA